ACGUCCGUGUCAUGGCGCCGCGGCGUCCCGCCGAGCUGUACCGGGCGCCGUUCCCGCUCUACACCGUCCGCCUGCACCCGCGGCGGCCGCUCGCCAUCACCGCCGGCGGCGGAGGCGCCGCCAAGACCGGCAUCCGCAAUGGCGUGCACUUCCUGCAGCUGGAGCAGAUCGGCGGGCAGCUCAGCGCCUCGCUGCUGCACUGCCACGACACCGAGACCCGCGCCACCAUGACCAUGGCGCUGGCCGGGGACGUCAUUGCCGCCGGGCAGGACAACAGCUGCCACAUCCUGCGCUUCAGCCUGCAGGAGCCCGAGGCUCCGGGCACCGCCGGGAAGGACGAUGCUAUGGCCAGAGUGGCCUGGCCCUGCCCAGUGCCCACACCAGCUGUGCCCCUGCAGUUCCCCAGCAUGAAGAAGACGCUGGAGUUCAGAGCCCAUGACGGGGAAAUUGAGGACAUCGCACUGGGCCCUGACAACAAGGUGGUGACGGCGGGGAGGGACUUCCAGUGCUGCGUGUGGCAGCAGGACCAGCUGGUGACAGGGCUGCGCUGGCACGAGAACCUGCCUGGCAUCCCUGACAAGGCCUAUCGCUACCAGGCCUGCCGGUUCGGGGCGGUGGAGGGCAGCGCCGGGGCUCUGCGGCUCUACACCGUGCAGGUGCCCCACAAGCGCGAGCGCCGCCCCCCGCCCUGCUACCUGACCAAGUGGGAUGGGAAGAGCUUCCUGCCUCUGCUGACGCGGCCCUGCGGCUCCGAGGUGGUCUCCUGCCUCUCCAUCAGUGAUUCGGGCACCUUCCUGGGGCUGGGCACAGUGACGGGCUCCGUGGCCAUCCACAUUGCCUUCUCACUGCAGAGGCUGUACUACGUGAAGGAGGCCCACGGCAUCGUGGUGACAGACGUGGCCUUCGUCCCCGAGAGCCGGCCCGGGCGGGAGCUGCUGGGGGGCCACGAGGCCGCCCUGCUCAGCGUGGCCGUGGACAGCCGCUGCAAGCUGCACCUGCUGCCCACCCGCCGCUCCCUCCCUGUCUGGCUGCUGCUGCUGCUCUGUGCCGGCCUCAUCGUGGCCACCAUCUUGCUGCUGCAGCUCGCCUUCCCAGGCUUCCUGUAGCCCCCGGAGGGUCCCCCUGGCACCAGGAGCGACCCCCCCAGCCUCCUCCUACCCCACACAGACUGUGAAGGACACGAGGGACCAGCCCUGGCCCCGCUGUCCCCGCUGGCGCUCGGGGAGCAGGCGCGGGUCCAGGGAGCCCGCAGGGCCCGUCCCUGUGGGGCUGUGCUGGCAGCAGUGCAGGGCUGGCCCGGGACAGGGCCGUCUCCUGCCCCAGGACAAGGGGGUCCUGCUGGCCCCUGCCCUGCUGCUGCCAUUAAACU